AUGAAUAAAUUUUAUAUUCAAAUCGCUUUAUUUAUUUUAAGCACUUUCGCAUAUGGAAAUAAUGAAACCCUUGCAACUGAUCCUACUCCAGGAACAGCUGCAAAACCAAGCCGUUUUACUACUUCAGAAGAAAUAUAUGAAAAAAACAAGCACUUAAUAUGUAAAUCCCCUACAGAACCUAUAAUAGCGGCCGAAGUUAUGAACGAAGCUGUAAAACAUUUAGAAUACUAUGCUACAACCAAAGGUGGUUAUGAACAAUAUUUACAAAAUUCUAAUGAUAGUAUAUCUUAUUAUAUAAAAAAAUUUGACAACGAGACAAAUAUUCUAAAAGUUCAUUUGAAUAUUUAUGAUUCCAGUCAGUAUAAUUACAUAAUAAACAGGACAUGGGAUCCCAAUUCCCCCAAUAUUUUCAAUAAAGGCGCUGCUAAAAUUAUCUAUAUGUACAAUCCAAAUUUAAUGUUGAUUCGCCAAUUUUGCAAAAAAUAUUCUAAAGACUAUCAGAAGUAUUUUUAUGCUUUAGUUUCAAAGACUGAAAUAUCAAAGGACAAAACUAUAAUUGCCAUAACUUCAGUAAAUGUAAAUGAUAAAAACCCUUCCAAUAUAGAAUAUAACAACCCAAUAUUAGAAAAUGUAAAUUCAUUCAGAAUUUCCGUACGCCGUAAAGAUUAUAUUAAAAAUAAAAAAUAUAUAAAAAUAUUUGUGAACUUAGCUGGAUACCUCAUUGAAAAAAAAGGCGAUGAUCUUGAAAUCACCUAUAUCGAAUCUAUUCAGGGAUAUUCUUCCUUUUAA